AUGUCAGAAGCUCAGCUCUGUGAAACCAUUUCUGGUUGUCUCUCUGAAGCGCUUUCAGACUCCCAUGAAGUGAGGCAGAGAGCGCUCCAAACGCUGGAUUCCAUCACCAAGGUUAGCCCUCAGAACAGGAACUUGCUUGCACAAACAGAUGCUGCCAUCCCUGCCCUUCUCAACCUCUCCAAAUCUUCAUCUUCCACCAUUGAAACUCUCUCACUCUCCAUCCUCUUCAACCUCUCUCUAAACCCUGAUCUUAAGCGCUCUCUUGCAGAUAUGGAAACCAUCUCUUACCUCAAUUCCAUGAUUUUCUCAUCAACUUCUCCAGAAUCCAUCAGAUUGGCUUCCUCUUUGGUUUGCAGUUUGGCAAUGCUUGAUAAGAACAAGGCCAAGUUUGGUGUUGCAGGUACCAUCCAGUUGCUGGUCAAGGCAGUUGCCGGACCCCGUGGCCCAGCUGCCCAUCACCUCCUAAGUUCUCUGGCGGAGCUCGUCCAGUUCCACGGGAACUGCACCGUAGCUGUUCGUUCAGGAGCUGUUCAAGUGCUCAUCCAUAUAGUGGAGAGCACCGACGGCGAGGAUCUCACCGGAACUUCUCUCGCCAUUCUCGGUCUCCUUGCUAGAUUCGACGAGGGGUUGAACGCUUUGAGAAAAACUGACGGAAUCGUGAGUGUUAUGGUUAACGUGUUGAAAGGGAGGUGCAUGUUGAGUAAGGAGGGGGCGGCUGAAAUCCUUCUUCGCCUUUUUGAUGAAAGCGAGGGAUGCGUGAGAGAUGCUUCGAGAGUGCCGGACUUGUCGUCUGUUCUGGCAGAUGUUUCUGUGAGAGGAUCUGCAAAAGCUCGACAGAAGGCUGCUUUGCUAAUGGAAAAAAUGAUGGAGGCCAGCUUGGAUUCUUAUGAGUUUCAGUAG